UUGAGAUCUCCAUAACGAACAAGAACGAAGAAGAAGAUAAAUAGCGGUGGUUUGAUCCUGUUUCCUCCCUCACCAAUUUCUCUCUCGUUCCAAUUUCCAAACAUGGCUGACGCCGAAGCUCACACGUGCACAAAGAAAGCAUCCAUGUUCACCGACCCAGCCGCAGCAUUGGCAAGCACGCGUCACGAAUUCGGAGAACACGGCGGCGUAAACAUGUCCAUUGAGGCAUCAGCGACAUUUACGGUAAUGGAGCCUGAGACAAUGAAACGCAUGUUCGCCGGCGAGCUAGGUCCCGACCGCGACUUCUUCAUCUACAGCCGUCACUUCAACCCCACGGUGCUAAAUCUAGGCCGUCAGAUGGCCGCCCUAGAAGGCACGGAGGCCGCUUACUGCACAUCCAGCGGGAUGUCCGCCAUAUCGUCGGUGCUCCUCCAGCUGUGUGGGACCGGGGGACACGUGGUGGCCUCCACAGCACUCUAUGGUGGGACCCACGCACUCCUUGCCAACUUCUUUCCCAAGGCGUGUAAUAUAACCUCCACGUUCGUAGACAUCGAUGAUAUGGAGGCUGUGGAGAGUGCCAUCGUGGAAGGGAAAACGAAAGUGUUGUAUUUUGAAUCGGUUGCCAACCCUACCCUAAAGGUCGCUAACACGCCAGAACUAAGUGCAUUGGGACAUAGACACGGUUUGACUGUUGUGGUUGAUAACACCUUCUCUCCCAUGGUUCUCUCCCCGGCUCGUCUCGGAGCUGACGUCGUCGUUCACAGUAUCACAAAGUUUAUCAGCGGUGCGGCCGACAUAAUCGCGGGUGCUGUAUGUGGAUCCGAAAGCCUAUUGAAUAAAAUGAUGGAUCUGCAUGACGGGCCCCUAAUGUUGCUUGGCCCAACCAUGAAUGCAAAGGUGGCCUUUGAAAUCUCAGAGAGACUACCACACUUGAGCCUUAGGAUGAAAGAACACUGCAAUCGUGCAUUGGUGUACGCCACAAGGCUCAAGAAUCUUGGAAUCAAGGUGAUCUACCCUGGCCUUGAGGACCACCCUCACCACCAACUGUUGAAAUCCAUAGCCAACAAGGAUUAUGGUUUUGGUGGGCUUCUCUGCAUAGACAUGGAGACCGAGGAUAGGGCCAACAAGUUAAUGCACUACUUGCAGAAUUGCGCUCAGUUUGGUCUCAUGGCUGUUAGCUUGGGAUAUUAUGAGACCCUCAUGUCCUGCUCUGGCAGUAGCACAAGCAGUGAAAUGGAUGAGGAGGCGCGGCGACGCGCCGGAAUCUCACCGGGUCUUAUAAGGUUUUCUGUUGGUUUUGUUGGGACACUAGAGCAGAAGUGGUCUCAGUUUGAGAAGGCACUCUCUAAAUUUCACGAGUCUGAGUUGCCAAACAAAAGUUAG